GUCAGCCAGUUUGUCAGUCAAAUCCCGCAGGUAUCUCCGCCGCUGCCGCCUCCAAUCACUGUUUCUAUUAUUAUCACCACCACCAACACCACCUCCGCCGCCGCCGCAGCUACUACCACCACUACGACUAUGAUCUACACAGAUUGCACACCUGGUGUGUUACUUCAGGUGUCGUCGGCCAGGACAGAAAGCCGUCCUUUUUUCAGCCUCGUACAGCAACACUAAGAAGACUCGUUUCAUUUCAGCUACAUUUAUUAGUAUUUUUUUUUUACACCUGUAUUUUUUUUUUACACUUGUUGAAGGAAGGAGCGACACGACCACGGAUUUUUUUUUUACCUGAGAGCAGAACAUUUACAAGAAACGGACUCCUAAAACAAACUAAAGGGAAAAAAGAUUUAAAAUAUAGAAAAAAAAGGGGGAUAUAAAAACCCUUCUUCAAAUAUGUUUGUCGAAGGGGAUGAAAAGACGUUGUUUCAAUGUGGGGUUUUGUACAUUGGGAGUGCAGUACCCCUGGAAGCUUCCAAGGGCCUGGAAGCUAUACAACAACCCUUAAGGGAACGUUACCCAUACAAAGAUGACAAAGAGAUUAGUGGUGUGGAAGCUGUACUAUCAGUGACACCCACUGGAAUACAGAUGCAGUAUUUGAAGGACAGUGGCUCGGUGAUGUGGUUCCCCAUUUCAUCGUUAACCUUUUGCGCAGCAGUACGGUGCAUCCAUUUAUUGACGAGGGCAGGACAGAGAGUACCCCGAUUUGUGUCCCUCAACUCGCCCGCUGCCGGUGGGGUGUACAGCCAGAAACCAGUGAUUUUUGCUGCUAUUACUCGAAGAACGAAAGGUAGGAAAUUCCUUGAAUGUCACUCGUUUAUCUGCAAAUCUACAGGAGAUGCCAUCGGUCUGGUGCAGUCUUCGAAGCUGGCUGACCGAGCAUUUCGCAACGGAAUUGUGCCGUCCAAUAUCCCGUCCCUAUCACGCAUGAAUUCGCUCUCUUUACGGCCUCAAAGCGAAAGCGAACUCCAUUUGCUAACCGACCAAAAGUCACCGCAAAGCGACCUGUCCCCAGAGUUCCAGGAACCACCGCCAACCCAAGGAUACUUUUACGGCACAGGGUCCACACUCGCCAGAAGCUACACUGUCGAGAAAAUGAACAACGACGUCCUCAGAAUACCGAGAACCCUCGAUCGACCCGUCUCCAGAAGACAUCAUUCUUCAGUUAUGGUACCAUCACACUCCCAUUACAUCCCGGGACCGAGAAGAGUGGUUCCCGUUCCCGUGAACAUUUCUCAGUCGUCAAGAAGAUUCUUGUCGCCGCCCCCAUCUCACAUUUUGAUCCGUAAAGACCCUUAUCUAUUCAAUUCUCAAUCGACUUUACCCACCACAUACGCCAGACUCCCGCCUCCACUUGCGCCAUCAAUAUCAGAGAAAGUUGGCCGUUCACCGUCUUUAGUGAGGUCUCAGAGAUCUUCAGCGGGCAGCACCAUACGACCCGAGGAUAACGCCUUACGGAAUUCACGCAAAGAUACAGCGAUAAAAAAUGGUCGCGAUACCGAAUCUUCGAGCGGCUCUUCAAGACCGCCCAGUCCUCCUUUAGAUUACGAACCUUUCGCCUCUGCUCUGGGCGGCUCGAAAACACACCUCAGUCGGAAGGACCGAUACGAAAAGGGCUCGUUCAUAACUUCGGGAGCCGCUUCCCCUCCGUCUGUGAUCUACCCUUACGACCCUUACAUUUACCCGGCCCAUUUGGCGGGCGACCCGACCAUGAGACCGCGCUCUUUGUCACCCCCUGCAGCAGAAAUCGAACAUUCGACGAAGAAUACGCGAAAAAAGAAAGAGAAAUCGAAAAAGAAAUCGAAGAAAUCCGCCAAAAAGGGUUCGAAAGACGCCGAGCUGCCGAACGAUAAUGUCGAGUACAGUUCGGAAGUCUUAAACGGUUCUGAUAAACAAAACCGCUUCAUGCUGGACCGAGCACACGCUUUCCAGAACGAAAGGGCCUUUGCCCGAAGCAUUGCGGCCGAAAGCAAGAAACACGGCAUCUACGACCAAGAGAACACGUCCUAUCGACAUUACCCUGAUAGCGAUCUUGUUAACUAACAGCUUACAAUCUCCCAUCUAUCUCUACCCACCUUUUGUACACAACACACACACACACACUACAAUGUACACCUGCUUUUAUAUACAUUAUAUACACGCAUGCAUGUACAUAUAUGUGUGAACAGACACACGUGCGCGCACACACACAUACAUAUAUAUAUAUAUAUACCUACAUACCUAUACAUGCAUCAAUGUACACACAGAUACGUACAAACACGAAAAUCUGAAAGGACGAUUCUGUACAAUGUUUAAUCACAAAUGAUACGUCUUUAAAAAAAAGAUGUUUGCUUUCUGUAAUUGUUGUUGCUGUUAUUACUGUCGACGAUGUGAUGAUGGAGAUUAUUAUUAUUAUUACUAUUAUUGCCUUUGUUACUGUGGAUUAAACAUUAAUUCCAAAUACGGAUACUGAAGAAGAAUUUUUUUUUAAAUACACAUACAGUAAUUAUGAUGAUAAAUGAUUUCUAACACGAAGCCACAAAUAUAUUGGAGAAAAAUGGAGUUUUAAUAUAUCGAUAACUAAUUAUGGAUUAAUAUAUAAGGGGGGGGGGAACAACCCCCCCAAAAAAACUGAUCAGGAGGGGUUUGAAUCCAGAACUAGGAAGUCCGGUGCGUUACUGAUUUUCAUCAUUCCAAAUAAUAAUUUUAAAAAAAAGAGAUGAAAAGGAAAAUUGUAUUUAAAAAAAAAAAACAAAAACGAAAGAGAAAAAGUUUGCUUAUAAAACUUAAAAAAAAAAACCCUUUGAAAUUUUGUUUUAUACCUCAAAAAAAGAUAUAUAUAUAUAUAUUUUUUUCUAUUACGAAAACUAUAUUCUCUCCUAUGCAAAUUUUGCUUUGCCUUCAGUAUGUUAUAUGUUCAAGUUAUCAAAUUAUUUAAUAACCUAAAUGAUUAAAUUUGAAAAGAAAAAAAAAAGUUUUUUCUACGUCACUAAAUUAACACUAAUUAAAAAUAUAAUUAAUUCAUCAGAAAUAUUAAUUUUUGGUGGAAGUGCUUUUAAUGAUGACAAACACACACACUAUAAACUAUUUCAUCCAUAAUCAUUAGUCCGACAAUAUAUAUUUUGUUUCGCCUAUGGCUGAACAGAACUCUUAUAAAUUAGCAUGUACCAAAAAAAAAAAAAAAAAAAAAGACUGGGAUAUAACUCCA